AUGUUUCCUCCCUCCUGCCUGCCCCCACAACCUUGCGAGGUGGGCCAGCUAAGAACAGCGAGGGUGCUUCAGCCCUCUGGAGAUGCCAAGAACAAGAGAGAUUUCUGCCAGGAAGGGGAUCGGCAACUAACCAACGGUGAAUUCCCACCGGCCACUGCCUUCUAUGUAGCUGGAUUCCUUCACUGCGCCCCCCUGGCUGUCAAAAAGGUGGCGGCCCUCGAUAAGGGCUUCCAGGCCAAGGUGGUCGCCAUAUUGGAGAGGUGGUGCCAAGGCGAAAGCCCCAUUCCCAAGAUUGAGCCCCAUCACUUUGAUCCUCCGUCGCUCAACGUUGCAACAGCGGCCGCUCUCCUCUCGGCCUUCGACCCCCACAACGCGGCCGCCUUGCCCUUCAGAAUGGAAGCCUUGCUCCAGGAGGGCCACCAUCACACCGUGGCCAGCCAGUGCGAAUCUCUGCUCGGGGCCCACCGUUGCGUGGAGCUGGUUCUCACCCACGCUUUGGCCCUGGUGCUGUCCCCAACGCGCUCCCGAGACGGGGUCGCUGAGUACCUCCGGACAUUUGCGGCCGGCCGGAACGAGACAGUGACGUUCGUGAGCUGUCAACAGAGGAGAUACUUGGAGAAGAUCAUCUGGGCCUGCUUGGACUGCCUCUCGCUUUGGGACAAGGGUGACAAGGAGCCACUCGGCUGGAAAGACCUUUGCUGUGACUUCCUGGCCACCAUCGCCCCCGAGGACAUCCGGGUCUGCCAAAUUCAGGCGACGCGUCUUCUUGAGAGACACCGGUACGAGGACUGUGUGUCUGUCUCCAGCAGGGCCUUAGAGGUCUUCCCACCCAGCGGUUCACCGGGGGAUGAAGAGACCUCGAGUCUUCUCAUGCACCGAGCAGCAGCCUUCUUUGCUAUCGGUGGCCACAUGCCGGAGAUGCUGAGGGACCUGGUAACCGCCUUUGAGGCUAGCCCCAGGCUGGCCAGGACCCGCUUUGAAGCCCUCUUCUCUCCUGGAGAGGCUGAGAGGGUGGAGAAGCAUGCCCGGGCCACCCUGGAGGGGGACUUUGCAGCUUACAGAGAAGCCGUACGCGUGAGGGCCGAAGUCCGGAGCAACGACGGCCGGGAGCUGCUUGCUCCGGUGCUCCGCGUGCUCCGCUUCCUUGUCCAGAUCUCCCCGGGGGCCCUGCGGGAACUCAACGUCCACCUCGCCAAUUGCUAUCUCUUAGAAGGCAACUUCAGGGCCUCCUUGGAAGUUUGCAACUGUCUUCUGGACUCUGCAGAAACCACGUAUCGUAACACCCUCCUCGCCCAGCGAGGGUUUUGCCACCUCCAUGCCAACUGCUGCCCAGAGGCCCUCCGGGAUUUCCAAGCAGUGGUCGAAGACGGCACUCCGCACCCGAGCAGUUGCGUGAAGGCCCUGUGCGGGCGCGGCCUGAUCCGAGCGUGGGGGGGAGACCCGUACCUCACCGCCUUGGAUUACCUCACCGCCUGCAGACUCAGGUUCGAAGAAACCGGCUUCGUGAUCAAGGCCUACGUCCCUUGGAACCAAAGAGGGUUUCUCUUGGUCAGCCUUCAAGAGCAAGUCCAGAAGAUGCUGGAGAGAAAGGAGAGACUCAGUUCUGGGGCCCGACUGGAGAAAUCAGGACGGCCGGGUGGCCCCCAGAAGGAAGGGGAUGCCUUUGGGAUCCACCAGCUUGCUUCUCUGCUCUUGCAGCUGGACAGUUCUGAUGAGGUGUCCCGGCUGCUGUGUGCCGACGCUUUGUACCAAAUGGGUCGCCUUGAAGAGGCCCGCAAGAGCCUUUUGGUGGCUCUUUCAAAGGGCUCUGAGGAAUCCCCCAUUUUGGCCAGGCUGGCCCUCCUUCAGCUGAAAAAGGGCUGUGUCUAUGACUGCAAUCAGCACCUGAAGAAAAUGAUUCAGGCCGGCGAGAUGUCCUGCCUCCAGGGGUAUGUGAAGGUCUUAAAAGAAGACGAUCGAGUCCUGCUGAAAACCCACUGCCACACCAGGGCUGUGGCGGUCCUGCAAAAUAAGCAAGGGGAGGCUUAUCUGAAGGAGGCCAUUGCCUACCUCUCCUUGGCCAUCACCGCGGCGGGGGAUAAUGCUGUGGAUUCCCUUCUGGUGCGUGCGCGUUGUUAUGGGCUCCUGGGACAGAAAAAAACAGCAAUAUUUGAUUUCAAGGCCAUCUUAAAAGAAGACCCGAGAAACACCCAGGCUCUCUGUGGAAAAGGGUUCGUUCACCUGGCCCUGGACCAGAAGAAGGAGUCCACGCAAGAUCUGAUCGCAGCUCUCCAAGGGGAUCCAGCCUCAGCCUUAGCAGAAAUCCGCUCUCUAAAGCCAGAUGCUCAAGUCCGGAUCCGCUCUUGGCUGCUGGAACACUGCAGGGCUGUUUUGAAGGACUUUGGCAGUAGCCAAGACCCAUCAGAGACACUGGAGGAGGCCUCCCAAGUGGGGGAGUUGCUUGUGGAAAUGGACAAUAAGGACAGCGAAGCUCACAUCCUCUGUGUCGACCUUCUGAUUGCAAGGGGCAGAGCCGAGGCCGCCCUGUCAUAUCUCCAGAGGACAUUUGGACAAAGCGAACCAAAUGAUGCUGUCAACUCUCGGCUGGGAAUUCUGCAGGCCAUGUUGGGCAACUUAAAUGCGGUCCAUGUUCUGGCCUCCUUAGCAGCAAAGGGCUGCCAAAAAUUAGAGCACCUGAUGGGGUUUUUAGAUGCCAGCCAGCGGAUAAACCUUGCUCAGGUGGCAGCCAGAGAAGCAAGGGCAAUGAUGGAAGAGCAGUGUCGUGUAGCAGCUGUGAAAUACCUCACCUUGGCUAUUUUGGCAAGCAACAGUAAUCCACAGUAUCUUCGCCAGCGUGCUGCCUGCUGGGCCCACCUGGAAGACUACAGGAACGCUCUGGAAGAUAUCCAGAAGGUAGUGCAAAAACACGGCACAAACAGCGUGAAAACUCAAGUUGGUGACUUCUGCUCCUGGGCGUACAUGCUCUUGUCCGUCUCAGACGACGAACUGGCAGUAAAGCAAUAUAUUAAUGCCCUACAGCUGGAAAAGUCCCUGGCCCUGAGCCACAUCCUUACCGAUCGCAGGAGGGAUGAGCUGUCCAAGGCGUUCCUACGAACCGCCCAGUCUUAUUUCGCAGCAGACCGUUACGAAGAAGCGUGGACGACUGCAAAAUUUGGCCUCCUCGUUGAUCAGAAGAAUCCUGAACUUAAAAAACUAAAGGCGAGAAUUAAACGGCAGGCGUCAGGUUGCAAAGUUCAGUAAUGUAUUUGUGGCUGGCUUUGUGCAUUUCCC